AUGGACGAAACAGUGCCGCUGCUUCGAGAUGAAGCCCUGGAAGUCCCUAUCAAGGCGGCAAGCACAGAUCCAAACAUCGUCGACUUCGACCCCAAGGGCGACUCGGAAAAUCCUAGAGACUGGCCCAUCACCUACAAAUGGGGUAUUGUAUCACUCCUUGCUUUCAUGUCAUUCACUGUCACAUUCACAUGCAUCUCUGUCGUCCCAAUUGCCAAUGGCAUGAUCGCCGAUUUGAAUGGUGGCAAAUCUCAGAAAUCCGCAAGUGUGCUGCUUGUCACUAUCUGGGAACUAGGUGAAGCGGCAGGCCCAUUACUGAUUGCACCUUUAUCAGAAGUCGUCGGGCGGUACCCUGUCAUGAAUGCUUGCAAUCUACUCUUCAUCGUCGCCAUUGCCCUAGCUGGAGUGAGCCAAAGUGUCCCUCUUCUGAUCGGAGCGCGAGCACUGACGGGUCUUGCCGUCGCGAGCAAUGUGCUGAAUCCUGCUAUCGUUGGUGACAUCUUCACCGAGGAACAUAGAGGCUCUGCCAUGAGUCUGAUCAUGCUUGCCCCCUUGACAGGAGGCGCGGUGGGACCGGCAAUCAGUGGUGCCAUCGCUCAAGACUCCGGGUGGCGGAAGGUACUCCUGAUGUGCGGCGUGUUAGCAGGAUUUGCUGAGCUCUUAUUCCUCCUGCUGUUCAAGGAGACAUACAAGGUCCCGAUCCUCCGACGCAGGGUGGACAGGCUUAGGAAAGAAACCGGCAACCAUGCACUACGGACAUCCUUUGAUGCCCAGGACGAAGGCAACGCCAACCAAUUCCGCGACUCCAUCUUGCGUCCAUUGCUCGUGUUCUGGGAUUCGAGCAUUCUGCAAGCAAUCUCACUGUUCGGCUCGUUGCUUUUCACAUAUUUCUACAUUCUCACGACCACUCUCCCAGAUGUUUUAAUCGGCAUCUAUGGUCUGUCACCUGCUAUGACAGGAGUGGCGUUCAUAUCCUUCAGCAUCGGCUCAGCCGGCUCCAUAAUAGUAAUGAACCUCACGCUCGACCGAAUCUUCAUUAAGCUCCGCAAAGGUAACAAAGGCGUCGGCCUCCCAGAAUACCGCUUGCCCCUCGCCAUCCUCGGUGCAUUCACCAUGCCCUUCCUCGUGAUGGCCUUCGGGUGGAUCGCCGAAUACCGGCUCCCACUCCCGAUACUCCUCAUUGACCUCGCACUGAUCGGCAACACCACGAUGUUCGGCUUCCUCCCCGUGACGGCAUACGUGGUCGAUGCGUCGAAACUCUAUGCCGCAUCUGCGAUGACCGCGCUGAUCGUCACGAGAUGUUUGAUGGGCACGUUUCUGCCGCUUACCACCGCGCCGCUCGUCAGGCAGUUCGGUUUUGGAUAUGCGUUCACGCUACUCGGCGGUGCCAGUCUGGUGCUCGCCCCCAUUCCGGUCUUCAUCUUCAAAUAUGGCGCGAAAUGGCGCCAGAGCUCGAAAUAUACUGCUGAUGACGCUGAUGAAUAG